UACUCCUGCCCACCCGCGGGUGACCCGAGGGGCCUGAAGUUGACCCCCUGCCCCGGCGGACCGAAUCGCCGCGGCGGGGAGGGGCCCUUAGGGCAGGGUCCGGACAGUCCAGCCCUCCUCUGGUCCCCAGCUGGGAGUAGCUGGCGCGCGCCAGCUACAGACGCAGCAGGUGCCCCACAGCUGCCGGUUGUCUUCACCCCCAGCUGUGAGGCCGAGACUCCCCCAGGCUCGGAAGGCGCCCCACACCUGCUGCGGCCAUGCCCCAUCUCCCCGCAGCUGCGUGGCUGAGCACUCCCGUGAUGAGAGGCCUGCCGCCGGGCAGGUGUAGAGCGUUCCCCCGCCUCCCGAACACCCGCCACCGCCAAGGUUUCCUCUGCGGGUCUGUGAUGGGGUAGAGAAAGAUCAUGGGGUCUAUAUGUAGAGUCCUCUCAGUCCUUCAAUUCUCUUGGGAGCCCAAGCCCUUUCUAAAGAUGUAGCUCCAUUUCCUAGCCUGGCAUCCCCUUUUGGUAAAGCCCUUUCAAAGUGGGUUGCAGCAGGGUAGACACUGCACUGAAUCUUUAGAGCAACCCCUCUGGGGAGUAUCAUUUUGUACCCCUCAAGAGUUCCCCAGUAGUCCCAUUCUUCCCCUUAUUUCCCCCAGUACUCUGACUUUGAAGGGCUGGUAAGUGCUAUGCUAAACUGCUUAAGUUCAGGUGGGUUUUGGGAGACGCCCAGGGACUGAACUACUGCCCCCAAAGCCUGGUCAUUAGAGACGCCCACCUCCAUAGGCAAAGGGUUGGGUAACCUCAAUUCUGGGUUUCCACAUGACAGUUGCCCUGAUCAAUCCUAAAACCCUAAGGCCGUGAUCUGGCCAUACCUCAAUGGACCCUGGGGGCAUCUUGAAGGCAUUUCCCAAGCGGAGGAAAAUUCAUGCCAAUCCAUCAUCAAAAGCACUUACAAAGAUUCCCAAGCAAGAAGGUGGAGAAGAAGCAGGAGAGUGGUUGAGCUCCCUGCGGGCCCAUGUUGUGCCCAGUGGCAUUGGGCGAGCCCGGGCAGAACUAUUUGAGAAGCAGAUUAUCAAGCAUGGUGGCCACAUAUGCGCUGCCCAGGCCCCAGGGGUCACUCACAUUGUGGUGGAUGAAGGCAUGGACUGUGAGCGAGCCCUCCGCCUCCUUCGACUGCCCCAGCUACCCCAGGGUGUUCAGCUGGUGAAGUCGGCCUGGCUGAGCCUGUGCCUGCAGGAGAAAAGGCUAGUGGACACAGCAGGAUUCAGCAUCUGCAUCCCCAACAGGUACCUGGACCAACCACAGCUCAGCAAGGCAGACCAAGACUUUUCUGUGCCUCCUGGAGCCCAUGAGGAUGUGCUCAGGACAGCCCUCUCUCCUCCCCGUCCUCCCGCCAGGCCUGUAUCUCCUCCCCGGAGGACAGAGGAGGCCCCGAGCACCCAAGCCCAGCCUGGCUAUGAUGAUGAAACCAGUGACGGGGAAGAGACCCAGGUUAGCGCAGCUGAUCUGGAAGCCUUGAUCAGCGGCCACUACUCCACUCUCUUUGAGGGAGAUGGUGAGCCUAGUCCAGCCCCUAAGGGCCUGGAUAAGUGGGUCUGUGCACAGUCUUCGAGCCAGAAGGCGAUCAACCACAACCCCCACCUCACAGAGAAGCUGGAAGUGCUGGCCAAAGCCUACGGUGUUCAGGGAGACAAGUGGAGGGCCCUGGGCUAUGCCAAGGCCAUCAAUGCCCUCAAGAGCUUCCACAAGCCUGUCACCUCCUACAAGGAGGCCUUCGGUAUCCCCGGGAUUGGAAAGCGGAUGGCUGAGAAAAUCGCAGAAAUCCUGGACAGCGGGCAUCUGCGGAAGCUGGACCAUAUCAGUGAGAGCGUGCCUGUCUUGGAGCUCUUCUCCAACAUCUGGGGAGCUGGAACCAAAACUGCCCAGAUGUGGUACCAACAGGUCACACCAUGUCCCAGCACCCACUUCGGUUUUACUUUCUCAGAGGGUUUCCGGACCCUAGAAGACAUCCGCAACCAGGCCUCCCUGACUACCCAGCAGGCCAUUGGUCUGAAGCAUUAUGAUGACUUCCUGGAACGCAUACCCCGGGAGGAGGCUACAGAGAUUGAGCAGACAGUCCGGGAAGCAGCUCAGGUCUUCAACCCCGGGCUGCUGUGUGUGGCAUGUGGUUCUUACCGCCGGGGGAAGGCAACCUGUGGUGAUGUGGACGUGCUGCUCACUCACCCGGAUGGCCGGUCUCACCAGGGCAUCUUCAGUCCUCUCCUCGACAGCCUUCGGCACCAAGGGUUCCUGACAGAUGACCUGGUGAGCCAGGAGGAGAACGGCCAGCAGCAGAAGUACUUGGGGGUGUGCCAGCUCCCCGGGCCGGGGCGGCGGCACCGACGACUGGACAUCAUCAUUGUGCCCUACAGCGAGUUUGCCUGCGCCCUGCUCUACUUCACUGGCUCUGCCCACUUCAACCGCUCCAUGCGGGCUCUGGCCAAGACCAAGGGCAUGAGCUUGUCGGAGCAUGCCCUCAGCACCUCUGUGGUCCGGGACACCCAAGGCCUCAAGGUGGGGCCUGGCCGAGUGCUGCCCACCCCCACUGAGAAGGAUGUCUUCAGGCUUUUAGGCCUACCGUACCGAGAACCAGCUGAGCGGGACUGGUGACCCACGGCUGGGGGGGAGAAGGAGGCACCAAGCUGGACUGGCUGCCCCACCUGGCCAUCCAGUACUUAGCUCCAGCCUUAGUGGGCUGAACCUCACCACUUCCGCCACCUGGGCCUGAGGGAAAGGGCCAGCCUGGCUCCCAGGCUCGGCUCGGCCCGGCCCUCUCCUCAACAGGAGCAGACUGCUGUCCUUCUACCUCACCAGUGCCCCUGGUAGAGUUUUGUACACGGCCCCCUGCCCCAUUUUAAGCAAGAACAGGUGCUGGUGUGAAGCCAGCUUCCUGUGCUGAAGGCCCAGACACCCCUCUUCCCUACCCAAGGAGGCUUUGGAAGGGGCAAGGGAAGGGGCAAACAGCUGUGGCUGAGCAUCACCUAAGACCCUUUGGAGCAAGAGAAUGCGCUACUCCACAUGGACUCCUACUAUGCGGCCCGCUUCCUCUGCAGCUGGAGGUGUGGGGAGGGGGCAACCGAGGCUCAGUAAGGACAGCAUUUGAAGGCCCAGGGGCCCAGUAAAAUGCACUUGACAUUCUGA